UUAAUUGUGAAUAUAACAAUCGAAUGUGUGGACUUAAAAUACCAAAGCUAGGGGCAACUACACAAAUAGCCCUGAAAGUGGAUGAUCUUGAAUUUAACAAGUGUUACCCCUCAUUUGCUCUAUGGGCAACACUUUUAACUUUUGACCUUGAAGUUCUGGCAAUAGGACAAGCGGAGGUCAAACGUUAAGAUCACCCCCAAAAAGUAUCAUAUUUCUGCAAUUUUUUGAAAGAUGGGUCAUUUUGAAAACUCUUUUCCUGGACCUACUGCAUUCCAGAAAUCCUUCCUUUCAGUAUGCUGGAUGAAACUGGCAUCCACGUAUUGUGAAAUGUAGAAUGAGGAUGAACUGUGAAAUGUGGAAAUAAUGAGAAGUCAGCACCGAAGAGUACAUUUUUUUGCUUAACUGCAUUCUGAAUGGGCAAGUCUUCUUUCUUUUCUUUCCUUUUUCCUUUUUUAAUGCUUUAGUGGUAUUUAUGCUGGAAAAACUGUACAUCUGGUUAGCAAAGGGGUCUUUGGUACGAGGACUAAAUUAUCUCGGUAUUAUAAUCCUUAGACUAAUUUAUCCUGCCUAGGAGGUGGGAUAAUAUAAUAAGGUGUGAUAUUCUUUAUUGAGACUGAGAUUAAAUUUAGACCAUGUUUAGUUGACUGCAUAAAUUUAUCUCAGGAUUUAAUAUAUACCGUCAACCAAACAUGGUAUAAUUUAAUCGCACAUCUUAUCCCACUUUAUCCCGCGUACCAGGAGUAUAAAUUUAAUCCCACAUCAGAACUAUGGAAACAUCAAAUUAAAUGUUAGAGCAAUAAUAUAAGAGCUUAUUUUAAUUGCAACAACAGAAAAGAGGUGGUUGUUUUUCUAUUUAUUAUGCCAUUCCAUGUAAGAUAUUCACGAGAAGAAGUGACUCUUUCUCCAGAUGAGAUAUACAAGGUAUUGAUUAUUGUGAAAAGGUUCAAAAUAUGGGCAAAUGAGAAGCUCAGAUCAUAAUUUUACAGUACGAAAUUUAGACAAAUCUCAAGAGAACUCCAUAGGCUUCCAAUUACAAAAUAUGCGUUGAUUAAGGAUAGUUACAUCCCACCAAUCUAGCGUUGAUUAUUGAGCCUUGUCAAAUAGCAUUUGCCGGCACAUAAAUUUAUUUCUUCCAUCAUCAUUUUAUUCUGUGCCAAACCUAAUCCGUGUGUGAUAACACUAUGUGACAAACAAAUACAAACUUUGUAAUAUAGUACUUGAAAAAUACUUUGUCCUUCUUAUCAUCACCAAAUAGAACACACAAAAUACAAACAAACCACCCCUUAUUAACUCUUCCUAUGUUUUCUCCCCUUCGCCUCUAUCUUAAAACACACACACAAACACUAGCAAGAACACAUAUUGAGAGCGAUGGAGGACAGUAGUAGUGCAGUUCAGCCACAUGAGGUGGAAGAGUGUAGAGGUGUUCUUAGGGUGUAUAGUGAUGGAACUAUAGUAAGAUCAAGUAAGCCAAGUUUUGAAGUACCUAUACAAGAUGAUGGUUCAGUUCUUUGGAUAGAUGUUGUAUUUGACGCCAUGCAUAACCUUCAACUCCGGCUCUAUAAGCCGACUUUUCCCACUUCGGCUAAUAAGCUGCCCAUCUUCUACUACAUUCACGGUGGCGGCUUUUGCAUCGGCUCACGGACAUGGCCAAAUUGUCAAAACUAUUGUUUCAAGCUUGCUUCUGAGCUCCAAGCCGUGAUUAUCUCCCCCGACUAUCGGUUGGCUCCUGAGAACCGGCUCCCAACUGCCAUUGAAGAUGGUUACAUGGCUAUUAAAUGGCUCCAAGAUCAAGCCGUGUCUAAUGAGCCGGACACGUGGCUUACAGAUGUUGCUGACUUUAGCCGAGUGUUUAUUUCAGGUGAUUCAGCCGGUGGUAACAUCGCGCAUAAUUUGGCGGUUCGGCUUAAAGCUGGAUCAGCCGAGCUGGCUCCGGUUCGAGUUAGGGGUUAUGUAUAUUUGCUUCCUUUCUUUGGAGGGACUACAAGGACAAAAUUUGAAGCUGAGGGACCUAAAGAAGCUUUCUUAAACAUUGAGCUCAUUGACAGGUUUUGGAGACUAUCAAUACCAAUAGGGGAAACAACUGACCAUCCACUUGUGAACCCAUUUGGGCCCAACAGUCCAGACUUGGAAAAGAUUGAUCUUGACCCAAUUCUUGUGAUUGUUGGAGGAUGUGAUCUUCUUAAAGACAGAGCUGAAGACUAUGCAAAGAGAUUGAAGGAAUGGGGAAAGAAGAUUGAAUAUGUGGAGUUUGAAGGACAACAACAUGGUUUUUUCACUAUUUAUCCCAAUUCAGACCCUUCCAAGAAGUUGAUGCUCACUAUCAACAAGUUCAUUCAAGACAAUUCUUCUUAAGAAGAAACAAGAAAUUUAUUGCUAAUAAAGUUUUGUUUCCCUUAAAAAUGUAAUUCUUCUUGUUUU